GUAUGUUUGUUGUUGCACACAUGUCUGUGUAAGUGUGUACGUUCAUAGGUCAUGUGACUAAAGCACAGCCAGGUGACCGUGUGGUUAGUAGGAGCCAGACCAGGGUGACCUUGGACUUGACCAUGUGACUUAGCUGUGUGGGAGGAGAGGGGUCCUCGAGGCAGAAGAGGUGACAGAAAGACAUGGUGCAACAGUGUUACUUCUGUGCUGUAAGAAAUGGAUGCAUGCUUGACUUGACUGGGACGAAAGAUGCAGAGCAGCAUUUCCUACUCAACCCCAACCAUAGCUGUUGGGACUGGGUGAGAGAGGGAGAGAGAGAGAGAGAGAGAGACAGAGUGAGUGAAAAAAAGGAGCUCCACAGACAGAAGGACCAGUUCUCACAUAGUAAACAAGUACACGGAUACUUGUGUUUUUCAGCAGACAUUGACAACAACAGCACUAUCUGAGCCCCAGACCAUAGCCCCCACUAAGCCCUACCCGGCCCCGCCCGGAGCCACGCCUUUCACUGCACCCCACCACUGCCCACGUAGAGCCUGGAAGGCAGGGGAGCCACGGCCGGGUUUUCAUGGCAACAGCACCCUAGGGCUGCCAUGGCAGCUGUUGCCGCCGAUGCCCCACGCCAUAUUACCGCACUGACGCCGGAGGACGAGGAAGGAAGAGCCGCUGCCAAGCUGUACGGAGGCGCUACCCUGCCACGGACAGAGAGAGAGAGAGAACGAGAGAGGGAGAGAGAAGAGGAGAGAGAGAGAGAACGAGAGAGGGAGAGAGAAGAGGAGAGAGAGAGAGAGAGAGUGAGGGAAGAGCGAGCCAGCGGCAACGAGUGUUUGGUGUGUGGGGCUUUGUUUGGUUCACAGGAUAAGCUUCGGCUUCACGCCUUCAGUCACAAGGGAGAGAAACCCUUCCGCUGCUCCCAGCCACACUGCCCUAAGGCCUUCAGCUCUAAAUAUAAACUAUUCAGGCAUAUGGCCACACACUCUCCACAGAAAACUCACCAGUGCUCAUUCUGCGAGAAAAUGUUUCACCGCAAAGAUCACCUGAAGAACCACCUACAGACUCAUGACCCCAACAAAGAGGCCUUCAAGUGUGAGGAGUGUGGCAAGCACUACAACACCAAGCUGGGCUACAAGCGUCACGUGGCCAUGCAUUCAGCCACGGCAGGGGACCUCACCUGUAUGGUGUGCCUACAGAGCUACGAGAGUACCCCUGCCCUGCUGGAGCAUCUCAAGAGCCACUCGGGCAAGUCCUCCGCAGGUGCCAAGGAGAAGAAGCACCCGUGUGACCACUGUGACCGCCGCUUCUACACACGGAAGGACGUGCGCCGCCACAUGGUGGUCCACACCGGCAGAAAGGACUUCCUGUGUCAGUACUGCGCCCAGCGCUUCGGCAGGAAGGACCACCUGACGCGGCAUGUGAAGAAGAGCCACUCUCAGGAGCUGCUAAAGAUAGAGCCUCCGGACAUGCUGGGCUCUGGCUCCUCCCCCUGCACUGUCAAAGAGGAGCUCAGCCCCAUGAUGUGCAGCAUGGGUCCCAACAAGGACCCCCUGAUGGCCAAGCCGUUCCCCAGCGGCACCUCCUUCCCCAUGGGCAUGUACAACCCCCACCACCUCCAGGCCAUGUCCAACCCUGGGGUGGGCCACCACCACUCUCUGAUGCCCGGCUCCCUGUCCGCUGCCAUGGGGAUGGGCUGCCACAUAGAGCCCCCCCACCACCACCCCCACCCCCCGCACCACCACCACCACCACCAUCACCAUCACCACCACAUUCAACACUCCCCCCCGCUGCCCCACCUGCAGCAGCCCCAACAGCACCACCAGCCCCAACAGCACCAGCAGCCGCCGCCCAAGUAUCAGCUGGGAUCUACCUCAUACCUGCUGGACAAGCCCCUCAAAGUGGAGAUGGAGAGCUUUCUCAUGGAUCUGCAGAGUGGGCUGCCGGGCCCCCACUCAUGCGAUCAUCAUCAUGCUGCUGCCUCGCCCCCCAAGGAGGGACUAGAACACCCUCCAGGACUGGCAGACGAGCUGUGUGGGGACCCCCUCCUGUCCAAGAGCCCUGCGGUCAUCGCUGACGCUCUGUGCGCUGCUAACAUGGAUUUCUCUCACCUGCUGGGCUACCUGCCCCUCAACCUGGCCCCCUACAACACCCCCAUGAGCACAGCAGGGCUAGUCAUGAGCUACACCUCGUCUACCCCCGCCUCCUCCUCCUCUUCUUCCUCAUCCUCAUCCUUGCAUGCCGCCGAGCCCCACACCGUUGCCACGGCUGCAGCCGCACCUCUUACCUCUUUGCAACCUCAACCUCAGGAGCAGCAGGGUUCCAGCGGGGGCGUGGGGGGUCUAGGGCCCCUGCGUCCCCUCCCGCCAGUGUUUACCUCCAGCCUCAGCACGACCACCCUGCCUCGCUUUCACCAGGCCUUCCAAUGAGGGGCCACCGGGCCUGGCCCGGUCCCUACACCAUCACCCUCAGCCCACUGUCUGGGCGCCCAAGGGCCAAGGGGCCUGCUGGCCGAAAGGGUUGUGAUAAAAAAACAAAAAACACAUGAACACUUAGAAGCCUUAAUUGAAGCGCACAAAAGCUUUUUGAUUGAGCCUUAGAGGAAACUAAACCCUUUAUUGAAACAAAAGGAAAAGAUGAUACAAGCUUUUAUUUGGGCUUUCUUUCUAUCCUUUAGUUAUGAUGUUUUAGCCCCGCUCUCUUUAACCUCUACCACCAACCUAUCUCCCUCAUCCAUGAUCCCCUCUCCCUUUAUUCUGUAGUUAGUAGACAGUAUCAGUAGGCCUGAAGGCAUGGUACUGCUACUUUAUAAAGUCAUAAUAUUAAGAAAAAAAUCUAAGAUUAAUUUUAGAGAAGAUUAUCUAUUUUUUGUGAUCCAGAAAGACUAGUUUGAAGUGGAUGAAAUAUAAUUUUCUUGCUUUUCCAAAUGUGACUGAACGUGCUAGGUUAUCUCUCCUAUGAGUGUAAAGGUCUGAACCACCUGCCCAGAAACACACCCUGUCUGUCAUCAUCACCGUCAGGGGGAAACGCACCCUGUCUGUCAUCAUCACCGUCAGGGGGAAACGCACCCUGUCUGUCAUCAUCACCGUCAGGGGGAAACGCAUCCGUCGUCAUCAUCACC